AUGUCGGGUUAUAUGGGUGUUCAUGUCUCUGAUCAAUGGCUGCAAAGUCAGUUUACGCAGGUUGAGCUUCACAACCUCAAGUCAAAAUUUAUGGCACUGAAGAAUCAAAAUGGCAAAGUUAUUCUUGGAGAUUUGCCGCCUUUGAUGGUUAAAUUAAAAGCUUUUAAUCCAAUGUUUAACGAGGAGGAGAUAACUGGGAUAUUGAAUGAGUCGCAUUCUGAUGAUCUAAGCAAUGAGAUUGAUUUUGAAGGCUUCCUCAAGCAGGUAUACUUGAAUUUACAAGGUCUAGCUACAGCAAAAUCAGGGGCUUCUAAGCAGAGUUCAUCUUUUCUCAAGGCCAUGACUACUACUCUUCUUCACACAAUUAAUGAAUCUGAGAAAGCUUCUUAUGUUGCUCACAUAAACAGCUAUCUCGGGGAUGACCCAUUUCUGAAACAAUUUCUUCCCAUAGAUCCAGCUACAAAUGAUUUAUUCAAUCUCGUAAAAGAUGGAGUGCUAUUAUGUAAGCUCAUCAAUGUUGCUGUGCCAGGGACAAUAGAUGAACGAGCCAUCAACACAAAACGAGUUCUUAACCCAUGGGAAAGAAAUGAGAACCAUAGCCUUUGCCUCAACUCUGCGAUAGCUAUCGGAUGCACAGUGGUAAACAUUGGCACACAGGACUUGGUGGAAGGAAGACCUCAUCUGUUGCUUGGGUUGAUUUCUCAAAUUAUAAAGAUUCAACUACUGGCAGAUCUUAGCCUUAAGAAGACACCUCAGCUUGUGGAAUUGGUGGAUGACAACAAUGAUGUUGAGGAGCUUAUGGGAUUAGCCCCUGAAAAGGUGUUAUUGAAAUGGAUAAAUUUCCAUCUCAAGAAAGCAGGCUAUGAGAAACCUGUUUCAAAUUUUUCUUCUGAUGUGAAGGAUGGAAAGGCAUAUGCGUACCUGCUUAAUGUUCUUGCACCAGAGCACUGCAAUCCAUCUACGUUGGAUACCAAGGAUCCUAAGGAAAGGGCUGAGUUGGUUCUUGAUCAUGCAGAGCGGAUGGGCUGUAAACGAUAUUUAAAACCAGAUGAUAUUGUUCAAGGAUUGCCAAAUCUUAAUCUUGCAUUUUUGGCACAAAUAUUUCAUCAAAGGAAUGGCUUGACUACAGACAGCAAAAAGAUCUCCUUUGCUGAGAUGAUGACCGAUGAUGUGCAAACUUCUAGAGAAGAAAGAUGUUUUCGACUAUGGAUUAACAGUCUUGGAAUUGUUACAUAUGUUAACAAUGUAUUUGAGGAUGUUAGAAACGGAUGGGUACUUUUGGAAGUGCUUGACAAGGUUUCUCCUGGAUCAGUUAACUGGAAGCAAGCAUCUAAGCCUCCAAUCAAGAUGCCAUUCAGAAAAGUAGAGAAUUGCAAUCAAGUCAUAAGGAUUGGUAGACAACUGAAAUUUUCCCUUGUUAAUGUAGCUGGAAAUGAUAUUGUACAAGAAAAUAAGAAGCUCAUACUUGCUUUCUUAUGGCAGUUGAUGAGAUAUAACAUGCUUCAACUCCUGAAGAACUUGAGAUCCCACUCCCAAGGAAAGAAUAUAACUGAUGCAGAUAUUCUAAAAUGGGCAAACUAUAAAAUUAAACAAAGAGGAAGAACUUCUAAAAUUGAGCACUUUAAGGAUAAAAACCUAUCGAGUGGAAUAUUCUUCCUUGAGCUUCUUAGUGCUGUUGAGCCGAGGGUGGUUAAUUGGAACCUUGUCACCAAGGGUGAAAGUGAUGAAGAGAAGAGAUUGAAUGCUACUUACAUUAUCAGUGUGGCAAGGAAACUGGGCUGUUCAAUUUUCUUGUUGCCUGAAGACAUCAUGGAGGUAAACCACAAGAUGAUUUUAACUCUAGCUGCUAGCAUAAUGUACUGGAGCUUGCAAAAAGAAAUGGAGGAUGGGGAAUCGUCUCUGUCCCCUUCUAAUGGGACUUGUACCGCUACUCUUGAUGCAUCCCCAACUCCAUCUAUUAGUGGAGAAGAUGAGAUAUCUUCCUUAGGUGGUGAAGUCUCAAACUUGAAUAUUGAUGGUGCUGUCUUUGACACUACAGUCUCCUCACAGCUUGAGAAUGAGGAGUCUCUUGUAGUACAGUGA